AUGUCUUUUCCCACCGUUCGCCGAAUUGUCACCGGCCACGACAGCCGCACGGGCAAAUCGGUCAUCGAAACCGACGACGCCCUGACCCCCGCCAACCCGCUGGACCCGACCGGCGCCCCGCCGCCCGCGGACAGCAUCAUCCCGGGCUUCACCAACCUGUUCCGCACGGCGGGGGUGCCGGCGACGAACGUGCAGGGCGCGUGGGCGGACGUGUUCGGGCGCAAGAUCGGCCUGGUCGACCCGUCCGGCGUGUUCUGCCGCGUCGUGGAUUUCCCGGCCACCACCCGGGACGCCACCGACGACGUCAAUAUCAUGCACCGCACCCAGAGCGUCGACUUUGGCGUCGUCCUCGACGGCACCAUCACCCUCGUCCUGGACGAUGGGUCCGAGACCGUGAUGAAGCAAGGCGAUGUAUGUGUCCAGCGCGGCACGAAUCAUGCCUGGAAGAACGUGAGCACCGAGACCUGCCGCAUGCUCUUCGUGCUGGUGCCCUCGACGCCGAUCCGGAACGAGGCCACGGGCGAGGUGUUUCCGCUCACGGACACGGCGCAUCUCGAGGACAAGACGCAUAUGGCGACGCAGUAG